GAGCCGCUUGAAGGACCGCGACGGCCGCGCCCGCAGAUCACCUGGAUGUCAGCAUGGCAACCACAAACCUGGAGAACCAGUUGCACAGUGCGCAGAAGAACCUCUUGUUCCUUCAGCGAGAGCAUGCCAGCACGCUCAAGGGGCUGCACGCUGAGAUCAGGCGGCUACAGCAACACUGCACAGAUCUGACAUACGAGCUGACACUCAAAAGUUCUGAGCAGACAGGCGAUGGGUCUUCUAGAAGCAGUGAACUGAAGAAAAGGUGUGAGGAACUGGAAGCUCAGCUGAAAGUCAAAGGGGACGAGAACGCGGAGCUGUUAAAGGAACUGGAGCAGAAGGACGCCAUGAUCACAGUACUGGAGAACACCAUCCGUGAGCGUGAACGCAAGUACCUGGAGGAGCUGAAGGUGAAGAGCCACAAGCUGAACCUGCUGUCCAGUGAGCUGGAGCAGCGGGCGGGCACCAUCGCCUACCUGACCUCCCAGCUGCAUGCCACCAAGAAGAAGCUCCUGAGCUCCAGUGGGACCUCAGACGCCAGCCCGUCAGGGAGUCCCGUGUUGGCCAGCUAUAAGCCGGCACCUCCCAAAGACAAGCUGCCCGAAACGCCUCGCCGCCGCAUGAAGAAGAGUCUCUCGGCUCCCCUGCACCCGGAAUUCGAAGAGGUCUACAGAUUUGGGGCUGAGAGCCGGAAACUACUUUUGCGGGAACCGGUAGAUGCCAUGCCUGACCCCACCCCAUUCCUGCUGGCCCGGGAGUCCGCGGAGGUCCACCUCAAAGAGCGGCCUCUCAUACCGCCCAUUGCCUCCGAGCGCAGCACCAGUGAGCAGCACAGCCCAGCCCGCGAUAAGCAGCACAAGGCCCACGUGGGAGUGGCCCACCGGAUCCACCAUGUGGCCCCACCGCAGGCGCAGCCUGAGGUGGAGACACUGGCGGUCGACCAGGUGAACGGAGGCAAAGCUGUGAGAAAGCACCCAGGCACGGACAGAACUGUUUGAGGCCAUGGCCCCUCGGCUUCGUCGCACUGUGAGCACCACUAGAAAACACUCAUUCACACCUUCUGUUUAUUUUUUUCCCAUGCAUGCCAAAUUUUUUUUCAGACCCGUCUACCAAUUCUUCUCCUUCUGCUUUUCUUGUCCUCUUACUGACAGCAAAAUAUGAUCGUGUCCCUGCUGCAGAAUACAUAUUUACCAACUGCUGUGGCCAGGCACCUGCGUGCAGCUCGCUUGCUUCUAAUCCCACUCCAUGUGAGCUAAGUGCACUUGUGGGCAGAGCACAGGCCUCGGGCUGCAUCACUACUCGAUGUUCAUGAAAUCAGAUAUUCUCAUGCCUAAUUACAAAGUGGGAGCAACACAUAUCAACCUUGACCUCCCUCCCCAGGCUCCAGGGCAGCCUGUCUGGAGCACCCCUGCUCCCUCCUGGAGACUUAGUAACCUCCCAACAGACCUUUCCCAGGGCGGCACCGAUCACCAAGCAACUGUGUGUGUAUCUAAAGGAACUAAAUAAGAUGAAGUUUUACUCCUCAUAGCACCACAACCUGAACGUGUGUUCAUAUUUUUUGUUAGUUUUAUCCAAAAUGUUUAAGAUCCCAACAAACUUUAUUUUCUAAACCUGC